UGUGUGUGGGACGGGGCUCUCUUGCGCAGCAGCAGUGGAGACCUCUGCUGCAUUUCUUGAAGGUUGGCUGAUAGAGAGAGGGAGAGAUACAUACACAUGCGCUGAGUGAGAGAGACACACACACACGAGGGAGAAAGAGUUAGACACACACCAACUAACCUGGAGGGAGAGCGAGGGAGACACACACCCACUAACAGAGAGAGAGAGGGAGACUCACCCCCACCAACAGAAAGAGAGGGAGAGAGUCUCACCCCCACUAACAGAGAGAGAGAGAGGGAGAGAGUCUCACCCCCACUAACAGAGAGAGAGAGAGGGAGAGAGUCUCACCCCCACUAACAGAGAGAGGGAGAGAGUCUCACCCCCACUAACAGAGAGAGAGAGAGGGAGAGAGUCACCCCCACUAACAGAGAGAGAGAGAGGGAGAGAGUCUCACCCCCACUAACAGAGAGAGAGAGAGAGAGGUAGAGUCUCACCCCCACUAACAGAGAGAGAGGGAGAGAGUCUCACCCCCACUAACAGAGAGAGAGGGAGAGAGUCUCACCCCCACUAACAGAGAGAGAGGGAGAGAGUCUCACCCCCACUAACAGAGAGAACAGCAGCAGUACGGGAGGUGAAUAGUGAUUGUGUGGGUCUGUGCGAACAUGUCGGCUCCUGCAACCAUGCACCGGGUGUACCGCCACAACAACGACCACAUCGAGGUCUUCACCUCCGUCUGCGGACCCCAAGUGAGGUACCAGUUCAGAGGACUGGCAGAAAAGAUGGUGGCGACGCACAACUACAAGCCCAACUGGCCCGACGAGGUGGCGCUGGCCCGGGGUGACGUCAUCCUAGUGAUGUCCAAGCACGAGGAGGAACGCUGGUUCGGGCGGCUGCAGGACGGCCGCCGGGGCUACUUCCCCGCCUCCUGCGUCAUGGAGAUCGGCCAGGACUGCUUGGCGGAGAAGGAGGCGAGCAAAGCGCUGUCCCUGCGGAGCUCCCUCUGGGCUCACGUUCUGUCUCUCCGCGGACGCUGUGGGAGCACACACGGGCUGCAGAAGGCCAGCGGAGGGGAGGGGGCUGAGAGGGGAGGAGGAGGAGGAGGAGGAGGAGGAGGAGGAGGAGGGGCCCCCAGGGACCGGGUGGGCCCCUUCCUGGUGCUGGUCCCCCCGGGCCCCCGGCCCACAGAGAGCCCCAGAUCCCCGGGCCUGCUCCACAGGAUGCUGUCCAAGCGCUGGAAGAAGACUGAGUACCAGGGGGCCACCAACAGGGCCUUUGAGGCGGACUGAGGGGCCCUCGCCUUCCCCUCUCCCUCUCUCUCGCUCUCUGUCUGUCUCCUGGGCUCCCCCCUCUCUCCCUGUCAUCCUCUCUCCCCCCUCUCUCUUUCUCCCUCUCUCUUUCUCCCUCGCUGUUGCUCUUUUCUUUGCUCUGUCGUUCAUCUAUAUCCCCCCCUCUCUCUCUCGCUUUCAUUUAUCUUCCUAUGUGUCUCUCUUUCAUCUCUCACUCUCUCCCUCUGCUUUUUCUCUCUCUCUCUCUCUCUUUCUCUCUCUCUCUCUCCCUCUGCUUUCUCUCUCUCUCUCUCUCUCUCUCUCUCUCUCUCUCUCUCUCUCCCUCUGCUUUCUCUCUCUCUCUCUCUCUCUCUCUCUCUCUCUCUCUCUCUCUCUCUCUCUCUCUCCCUCUGCUCUCUCUCUCUCUCUCUCUCUCUCUCUCUCUCUCUCUCUCUCUCUCUUUCUGUCAAUCUCUCUCUCUCUACUCUCUCUCUCUCGUAGUAGGUGGGUGGGUGGGCCAGGUUGUCCAGUCACACUUUAUGUUUUUAUUUCCGUAAUGUGAAGACUCUCUCUCUUAGUGUGAAGACUUAAGUCCCUCUCGUAGGGUGAAGACUUAAGUCCCUCUCGUAGGGUGAAGACUUAAGUCCCUCUCGUAGGGUGAAGACUUCAGUCCCUCUCGUAGGGUGAAGACUUAAGUCCCUCUCGUAGGGUGAAGACUUAAGUCCCUCUCGUAGGGUGAAGACUUAAGUCCCUCUCGUAGGGUGAAGACUUAAGUCUAUCUCGUAGUGUGUCCUGUUUCGGUUUCCAUGGAGCUUCUGCCAGAUGCCUGUCCUUAGCUGUGUUAGUAUUAUUUACAAUGCAAAACAAUUGCUGACUUAGAAUGAGUAGAUUAAGUUUCCCUUUGUUUUGGGAAUGCUAUGAAUACAUAUGCUGUGUAUAAUAGUCCCUAUGCAAUGCUUGACCUAGAGCACAACAAUGAUAUAAUUAUAUAACAUUCAUAUAAUCGAACACAUCCAGUAGAUUGUUGAUCUGAAAACCCUUAGCUCCUCCCCCUGCUACUGCUAAUGCUAAGCUAGUUAAGAGUUAACAUUACCAUGGUCGGGCCUGUGAGCAAAGUUACGCAGAAUGUAAUUAUUGUGGAUAAGAGAAACAGAAACCGCUAGUGUAAAUAAGAUAAGGUAAUAAGAUAAGAUAUCUCAACGAAUGACCUCAGGAGUUGACAUGUGCCAUGUUAGCCAAAAAGAUGCCAAACCUUUAUUGUACAAUGUUUUUAUGUCAAUAACAAACGUAGCACUGUGUCGGUGUGUGUGUGUGUGUGUGUGUGUGUGUGUGUGUGUGUGUGUGUGUGUCCAACUCCUCAUCACUAUGAGCCAGUUCCCUCUGAGCACACACAGCACACAGCGCCUCCCUCGUGUGUAAGGAGGUCUCUCCCUCUCCCUUUUCAACGGAGAUGCCGAAGAAUAGCCCAUGUAGCCCCAAGAGCUCGGGAUUGUUGCGGUUACCAUGACAACGGCUAAGGCAGCCCCCACUGAACAUCCAUGUGGUCUUCAUCACACGCACACGCAGACACACACACGCACACACACACAUACACAAGCACACACACAAACACGCACAUACACACAUAUACCCACACACAUGCACACACACACGCACACAUUCCCCAAGAGCAGGACCUUUUGAAGGGAGGGUAGUGGAAUGAGGAUGAAUCGGGGGGUACACUAACCCCCUCAGGGUAAUCCAAACUUGGCCUUCACCAUCUCUACCGCGCUGUGGAGGAUCACUGCCACCCUCACCACCAGCACUGGGGGUAAACGCACUGUUACCCCCAACACGAAGGUAGUAUCUCAGCUGAAUGACGUUUAAAACUGUCUAAACUGAGUUAAGUUCAAAUCUGCCGAUCCAAAAGAGAUUCAUUCCCGUCUUCCCUCCCCAGUGAAAGUUGACUCAAGUCCGACAGGAGGGGGGAGCCACGUGUGGACGCCUGCGCACACACACACUUUUUCUGGUUUUACCAGAACGUCUUGGAUAAACUCACCUCCAUGUAAUGAUGAACAAAGACAGUAAAGGCCAUGUUUCUGA